GUCACUCCUUUGUCGUUCCUUCGGUGUUUUAUAACGAAAUUAUUGCAAGUGAGUUCAGCGAAACGGGCCUCGCGAGUUCGAAACAUCUCUCAGGAGGCGGAGGAGGAGGAGAGCUUCCUUCAUAUCAUCAACGACAGAUUCAGCGGUGUUGAUUGAAGUGGUCGUUCUACUUGUCUCCAGGAAGUAAAGGCAGCAAAUGCGUUGCAGGUUGUUUUUCGUGAUGCUGCAUUGUACCUGUCCCCAAUGAUAACCUUACCAACAGCUACUGUUGACGAUAAGUCAAAGUACUCUGGCAUUAAUGAAAAAUCAAGAAGUAGGCAUGGAGACGGCUGCUGUCUUUAGGUCGUCCUAACGGCGACUAACUACCGUGCCCGCUCGAUAACUAGGGUGGACCCAAUAAUGUACACCGAUUGACCCUGCACUUUUGACAGGGGCGCUGUCAAUCCCAUCUCCAGGUCUUGGAACUCAAUAUUGGCACCUGAAAAAAAUCAUGUGUGCAAUUCAAUAAAGCUACAAUAGAAUAGUAAAAGUCUAGUAUCAAAAUCUUCGUCAUUUUUUCCGCAAUAAAUUGUGGAACAGUGACUCGAAAUUUGGUCUGCAAGGCGAGCAUUUGCUUGUGAUGCUUAAUUGACGAGCACGUCACCAGGAAUGGGCCCACAUAGUUCCGCCUUCCUAAGUGUGUGGGGAGUUUUCGUACUUGCCAUAAUUCAAGAGUGCGAACCCGUCAGUUGGGAAGAAUGGUGGACGUACGAUGGGAUUUCCGGUCCUGCCUUCUGGGGUCUCAUCAACCCUGAAUGGUCCCUCUGUAAUAAGGGUCGAAGGCAGUCUCCCGUAAAUCUGGAACCGUCCCGGCUGCUAUUUGACCCCAACCUGCAGCCCCUUCACUUGGACAAACAUCGUGUAGGUGGCGUUCUAACGAACACUGGGCAUAGUGUAGUUUUUUCUGUGGACAAUGACACAAGGCAUCCAGUGAAUAUUUCGGGCGGUCCCCUCAGCUAUCGUUAUCAAUUUCACGAAAUUCAUCUUCACUAUGGAUUGCACGAUGAAGGCGGUAGCGAGCACACCGUUGACGGAUAUGCAUUUCCUGCCGAAAUUCAAAUUUUCGGCUUCAAUUCUCAGCUCUACGCAAAUUUUUCGGAUGCCUUGCAUCGGGCGCAAGGCAUUGUGGCAGUGUCCCUCCUUUUACAAGUUGGCGACCUCUCAAACCCUGGUCUGAGAUUAUUUACUGAGCAGUUGGAUAAGAUAGUCUACGGAGGGGAUUCUAUGGGCAUUAAGCGUUUCGUCGUUCGCGAGCUCCUACCGGAAACAAAUCAUUACAUGACGUACGAUGGCUCAACCACUAUGCCAGCCUGUCAUGAAACCACUACAUGGAUCAUUUUGAAUAAGCCCAUCUACAUCACUAAACAGCAGCUGCACGCUUUAAGGAAGUUGAUGCAAGGCGACAUACGAAAUCCAAAAGCCCCGCUAGGAAAUAACUUUAGACCGCCACAACCUCUUCAUCAUCGUCCAGUUCGAACAAAUAUUGACUUCAGUGCACCGGGACAUAAGAACUGCCCAACCAUGUACAGAGACACAUACUAUAAAGCUAACAGCUGGAAAUAACACUGAUGAGCAACAAAAGCUGAAUUGGAUUCUCUGCAUUACGCUUUUCCUUCCAAAGGGAAAUAUGGGACUUUGCUGUAAGAAAAAAGAGAAACAAAACACGUAACAUAUCAGCAUGUGUGUCCAAUUGGCACGAGAAAACGGGGCGCAGCAGAAAUCCGCGCUAUCGUCCGAUGUCAGAAAAUUGCUUUGUUAUAACUUACUAGCCAUGAAUUGCCAAAUACUUUUCCAGUAAAAAUACCCCUAGUUACUUCAUGAAAUUAAGUAACAUACGAGUAUAUAAUACAUAAUAUUAUGACGAUUAUUAUUGAAAGCUGUGACUACCGCGACGUGCGGGGGAAAUAUUUGCGAAUGGUAUAAAAUUCACGCAAAAUUGAAGC